UAGAGAUUUCAACUGUUCUUUUUGAAUCUGUUUGAAUAUUUAGAUUGCUGUAGUAGAGUAAGCCAAACUACCCCAGGAAAUUCACAGUAAAUUAUAUUGUCGAUUAUAGGGACAGGACAAGAUAUUGGGAAUUACCAUCUUGAUGCGGUGUAUUUCCGACUGGAAGGUCUUGGAGCAAGCAAAUCCCUUAUACAAUUCAAAUCUGCUAUGCCUCUCUCCAUUGCAACGCCACAUUAAAAAAAAAAUGUUAUGUCCAUUGAAGGCAAUUCUCUCUUUCUCCUCUCUUCUUGCUAAAGACAGAUUGCUUAUUCAAUUUACUCAUCUUUUGAACUCUCUUUUUGAGUAUUCUUCUUGAAUUUCUAAAUUGUAAGUUUUCUACUCUCCCUUAACUCUAGCAUCAAUCUUAUUUUGUAAAGAAAAACAUUGUAGUAAUAGAUAUGCAAUUAAAGUUUAUAUGAAGUUAUAGUUAAAGUAAUUGCUUUUUCUUUAUGGGUGUUGUUUCUUGAUCAUAACUUUUACUUGUUCUUUGAAGAAUUCAUGGUGCGAGUCGUUCCUAAAAAUGUUGGCCGUGAGCUAAAGGAGAAUCAGGAACAUGAUAUAUCUAGCGAGGGGGUGAGUCUUCUAAAACCGUUAGUGAUGGGGAUAAUGCUUCUAAAACAGUUAGUGAUGGGAAUGAGUCUUCUGAGACAUCUUGUAAUGGGGAUAAAUCUGCUGAGGAGAAUGAUAUAUUAUUGAUACCAGAACGUGAAACCUCAGUAGACCUCUCCCAAUAUAGUUUGCGUAAGGAAUUGGAGGACGGGGAUCACUUUGAUGGACUUGUGAGAAUUUUAUCAAGGUGGGAUGUUGUUAAAAUUAUACAAUAUUACUUGGAGAAGGAAAAAGUGUACAACCAAUUUAUGAAUAGUUGUUUUGGCUGCUUAUUAAAAGUGAACCUAGAGAAUUGGAACAAAAAUUUUUGUGGCCAAAUCGUACACUAUCUUCUACAACGACGUGUUGUAAGCUUAAAGAAAAAGGAGGUUUGGUUCAUAAUUGAUGGUAAGCCAAUUCGAUUUGGUAUGAAGGAGUUUGCUAUGAUUACCGGACUGAAUUGUGGAAAAAUUCCCACUGGUAAGGCUUUAUAUGAUGAAGGGAAGGCAAAAGAUUUUUUAGAUCUAGUGUUGAACAAAAAGAGUAGUCUAACGGGAAAUGAUUUAAAGGAAAUAUUAAAGAGUGACAGAUUUGAUGCGCAAACAAAGUUGAAGAUCGCUAUGGUGUGGUUUGUUGAGUCUUUUUUAUGGGCUGGUGAUCAAAAGCGAACUGUUGAUAUAAAGAAUAUGAAAAUGGUGACAAACUUGGAUUACUUUAAUGCAUAUCCUUGGGGUAGGCGUUCUUUUGAGAUGACAAUUGAGUUCAUUCUAAAUGUCAACUUAAAGAAAAAGUCUGCAGAAUGGAAGGAAAAUAAUUUCACAUCUAAAGGUUAUAGCUUGCAAGGAUUCCCUUGGGCUUUUAUGGUGUGGGCUUUCGAAGCAAUUCCUAUACUAGGAGAGGCUUUUGGACAGCCAUUGAUAGAAUCUCCCUUGCCACUUCCAAGAUUGCUCCGAUGGUACGAUAAAAAGAAGACACCCCCAGAUUAUAAAACAGUGUUAUUAACAAUGCAAAAUAAAGAGGUUGUGGUGCAUCCUACUUUGGUUCCUACUAAUGUUGAGUCAAAAAAAUCAUAUUUGAUUAAUUGGGAGGAUUUGAAAGAUGAGGUGGAUGAGAAUAUAGAUCGGUUGACAAAAGUAGUUAGUGGUGCGACACGAUUAGUUAACUCUUCUUUCGAAAGGCAUGAGAUUCCGGUAGCUAUGGAUCACGACGGACGUGAAACUGAUAUUAGAAGACAACCAUCAAAGGGAGUUACUGAAAAUAUUAAUUUGAGUGAUUCACCAGACAAACUUUCUCAACUUAUUGAAUAAUGUGCAAAUAUGUUUAAUGAGAUGAAGGAUAUGAACAAGAAGUUGAAUGAAAGAAUGGAUGGUCUCGAUGCUAAAGUAGACCACUUGAGUGGUAUAGUAGGUGGUUUGCAUGUCCAGGAAGAAAAAUUAAGCCAAAAAAAGUAUGAUGAUGAAAAUUUUCAGGUGGGUGAUGAACAACCAGAUAUGUUGGAAAAGAAGGUAAUUGGUGAGCUUGAAGAGGAAGGAAGCAACAUGGUUGAUAAAGAUGAAGCUACCAAAUUUGCGGGAGUAUGUACUACAAGGGCGAAACGAACAAGGAAAACUAACCCAAAAUAUGAUUCCCCUUUUGCAACAGAUCUCAGACAAAAGAAAAUUCGGGAGACUUCGAAGAAUAUGAAGACUUAUAAAAGGAGAAAGAUCGGCGGUGAUAGUUAGUAAUUCUGUUAGGAUGUUUUUUGGAUCUGUCGGACAGAGUAUGGAUCAAUCUGUUUAAUUAAAAUUUGUCUUGGAUUGUAUUUAAGUUUAAAAAGUUAGCGUAUUUAUAUUAUGCCACUUUUGUUCUCACUGAUGGAAAUAUUCGACUUAUUUUAA